AAGACACAGGGAAGCUCACGUGUCAGUAGAGCAUGUAAGAUUGUUCUCAUGUGGUGCAACACUUCGACUAUGUGAAUCUCGGAACAAGAGCAAAGAGGCAUCAUAUGAGAGGAAGAGAAAAGUGUCAACUUUUUUACAUAAACAGAAGGGACACAAGUCUGGAGCGUCCUCACCUAUCAGUACCUGAGGCACAUGCAUAAACUACAAUGCUGCAAACAGUGAUAACAAUUUUAGUCAGUGUGGUUCUUACUUCAGGAAACUCUAACCCUUCUAUAGAAUAUCCACAUGAGUGCAAGCAUGAUGAUUUUACUGUCUUGUGUGAGGGAGGUAAAAUCCCUAAAUUGGAACAGAAAAUUACAACUUUUCAGCUCAAGAAUGCUAACCCAUCAAUUCCUGAGCUCUCCCACAGCAUCACAAGGCUUCUGGACCAUUUGGUGUCUCUCCAAUUCUACUCUGCUGGACUGACUACCCUGCAGCCUGGGGCCCUGGGACUCAUCCCUUAUCUUGAGGAUUUACAUAUAGAAAACAAUGACAUCAAAGUGAUUAACAAAGACACUUUUGCCAGCUGCUCCAAGCUACAGAUCCUAUUCUUAGAAAACAAUAAUAUUAAGGUCAUCCAGGAAGGAGCCUUUGCAACACUCCAUGGCCUACAGAACCUGAGCCUGUCCCACAACAGCCUGCACUCCUUACCGAGCACCAUACCCCGUCACCUGAGGCAUCUCUCAGUACACCACAACCUGCUCCAGGAAAUUCCUCAUCUCAGCCUUCACAACCUGACGUUUCUCAGUCUCUGCCACAACUCAAUAAAAAGCAUUGAACCCCAACAAAUUGAUGCAAAGAGUAUGAAGGAGCUUUGCCUUGGGGGACUCUCUUUCAAACUUACAAAUAACCUCAUCACCCAAGAAAAUUUUCCUGUUCUUGAGAGCCUUGCCCUGAGAGGAACAUCUCAGAACACUAUGGAUAUAGAUGACACCAUAACAAGGAACAUACAGAUCAUGUCUGUCGCUUCCCUGAGAGAAGUGGAGUUUCACUUCUGCAGCUUUGGGAGUACAAAAAUAUUCAGUGGCAUGAGUUCCCUCCAUACUCUCAGAACAACAAAUGUAACAAUGUUUGAAGUAAGGACAGUCAGACGUCAAUUCAAGCUUCCCUCUAUAAUUGUUUUGGAUAUUUCUGGGUCCAGCUCUCUUGCUUUGACUUUACUGAAUUCACCCUCAAGCCUUUUUGCUGGUGUAAAGGUCCUACAUAUGUCUGGAUGUUCAAUCACUACCUUUUCAAAGUCUAUGCAAGAGCGAAUAGUUCCCAAUAUCACCCGCCUUGACCUUAGCCACAACCCUUUAACAUGCAACUGUGAGCUCUCAUGGAUUCCUGACCAUGUGAGGGAUGGAAAGUUGACCCUUGAAAAUGAAGAGUAUACCAUUUGUGCAAACCCAAGUCAUCUAUCCAACAUUCCACUGCUAACUGCAACCCUGUGUCCUAAUGUGAAUGUACUUCCAACCACAACUGUGCAAGAUUUAACACUCAACACUCUAUCAAGCGCUGGUACAACAGUCAAAACUCCCAAUCUGAUAAAUGCAAGUGUGCUGACACCAACACCUACUGGAGGUGAUUCAGGAACCAAUGCAUCACAUCCUGAUCCUUCUAGCAACCGAGCAAAGGGAUUACCUAAGGAACACCUGAUACUGGCUAUUCUAGGCACUGUAGCUGUUUGCAUCUUGGCAACCUACUUUCUGAUGAUUCUAGGUAGAAAGAUUCAUAGACAUUGCAAGAAAAGAAGCUUUAAUGUUUACAGUGUAAUCUACACUUAAGAAGAGCAACUUAGUGUACUCGUAAUAUAAUCAUUGGGUGGUGUUUAGGAAUUAAGUGCUAUCAAUUUGUCAUAAAAAAACUGAGCUCCAUAUAAGAUUAGAUAAAAAAAAAAUAGAAGUGUACAUGAAAUACUUACUUGGAGUGGCCAUUCUUGAAUAAUAUCAGUGCUCCAAAGUGAUGCAGAAAGCAAUAUAUUUUCUGGAAAGAUACAAACUAACAUUAGUAUGAAAUAUAUCACCAUUGGUAAUAUGCAAGUAAUUUUUAUCUGAGCUAUAUAGCCUAGAUAAGUUUACAGCAGAGGACUAGUGUUACACAUAACAUAGGGACUAAAACUCUUUUCCUUGUCAAAAUUUAUCAUAAAACCCUUCUCCCACAUAGUGACCCAUCCGACAUGGGAAGACCCCAAAAUCUACUUAGUAGUGGGGUAAAUACCUCUUUAGUCAACUAGGUAUGGAGCUAAGUGAAUAUUUCCUUUACUGACACUUCCUAUUUUCAUGGUUUUGUAGUUCAUUUGAGUGUACCAAAACAAUAAGGCUGGGUGAAAAGGAGCAUUGCUUUUUUUUUCAAAGAAAGUACAGGAAGGAGCAUUUUGAGGGGCUAGGUCUGGGGUAAAAUUAUAAUAAGGAUAUGGGUUAUAAUCAAAAGGCUUGAGGUUACGUUAGUAAUGGAAAACCUUGCGAAUAGUUUGUGAACGAUUUUUAAGUGAAAGACUUCUUGGGUCAAAUCUAUUCUUUCAGAGUAAGUUUUGAAGUCUUUUGAAAUUGUUUGCUCUGGACAAUAUCCUGUGAUUUUGCUACAGUGUUUGACAUGCUUAGGCUAGGGCUACUGACUUUCAGGCUAGAAUGCUGUUUGCUGGAGCUAGCUUACCAUCUAUCAGAGCUGGUUACCAUUUGCCUGGGUAAGGCAGCCAUUUGCCAGGGCAAGGUUACCAUUUGUCAAGGCUGGUGACCAUUUGCCAUGGCUUGGUUGCCAUACUGGCUAGGUUAUCUUUUUUCAAGGCUACGUUACUAUUUGCCAGGGCUAGGCUGCCAUAAACCAGGGCUGGUUGCCAUUCCAAAAUAUUUGGUUACCAUUUGGCAGGGCUAGGCUGCAUUUUGUUACUGUGACAUUUUUUUAUACAGGUUCACUUUUUUCCACUUAAUAUUUGAUGCCUUUUAAAGACUUUUUUUUUCUUCUUGUGCAAACCUCUGAUAACUGGAUGUUUUUUUGAGAAAAGAAAAAAAGAUGGUGAACACAUUCCAUUAAUGAUGUCUACUUGAAAUACAUAAAGUGAUUCUGUAUAAUAUUUUUAGGUAAAUUUAAGUUUUGCAAAUAAAUUGCUGUAAUUGAGGGAAAUGAUAGUUUGGAAUAUAGGCACUCUGGGCAAUACUAAUCCCGUGGUGUCAGCAGUUUGUCCUUUGGUGUCCCUCAGCGCCUCUGGCGGUAGUUCACUCCAGCUCUAUAUCACGACCGCACGUACUCAUUCGUUCUCUGUCACUUUCCAUAGAAUAUACGGACUUUAGUUU